ACUUUUUCGUAGCCAUAAAUUCAUAGGACUUAGACCUAUUACACAUCACUCGCUAGUUCUUGUGUUAAUUUUUUUAAAUUUGAGUUAUCUUUUAUUAAAAUUGAUAAAACUUUGAAUACUACGUUUUUAUACACCAAAAGGAAUCAGUUGGCAUUCCAGUUCGGAUAACGGCACUAUUCGCGUUUUACAGAUUCCUUCGUUUCUCGUUCCAUAUUCUUCUUUCUAUCUCCGUCUCCUUUUUCACGCAAACCAAAACGCGGGACGCAAAAUGUGUGACGAAGCGAAUCCAGCGAAGCCGUGGCAGCUUCCUGCUGAGGUGUACGGCAAUGGGAUUCCGGCGCUGUGUCUGCUGCACCAGGAGAUCGAGCAGUUCUACAACUACAUCCGGUCCACGCCAACGGAGUUUUGCUUGCGGGCAGGUGCAGUGCGUCGCAUCGAGGACGUGGUGCUUUCCAUUUGGCCAAGCGCAUUCGUCGAUCUCUUUGGCUCAUUUCGGACCGGUCUAAAUCUGCCAGACUCGGACAUUGAUCUGGUGGUGUACUAUAGAUUCUGGAACCCCAGACUGCUGCAUGAGCUUCAAAACGAACUAGUCAGCCAAGGGGUAACUGAUCCGGACUCAGUGACCGUCCUCGACAAGGCCUCCGUGCCAGUGGUGAAGUUCACGGACCGCAUUUCCCGCGUCAGGUUUGAUGUGACCUUCAACUCCGUAGCAUCCGGCGUACAGGCCGCCGAGCUGAUCAAGGACUUUAUCCGCCAGUUUCCUGAACUGCCCAAGCUGGUCAUGGUGCUCAAGCAGUUCCUCAGCCUUCACGGAUUCAACGAGGUCUACAACUCCGGCGGAGUCUCGUCCUACGCACUCACACUAAUGGUGAUUAGCUUUCUGCAGCAGCAUGCGCGCUCCAACAAGCGUUUAAGUGACCACAGUAAGCUGGCCCUGCUGCUAAUUCAGUUUCUAGACUACUACGGCCGCAAGUUUGACUUCUUCAAGUAUGGAAUAUCGGUGCUCGGCGAAGGCGGUUGCGUCGAGAAGGCGCGGCUUCGCUCCACGCUCGGCGAGAACAACUGGCAGUCGGUGCUUUGCAUAGAGGAUCCAGUGACGCCGACCAACGAUAUAGGAAGGAGCUCCUAUGGGCUGCUCGGCGUAAUGCAAGGAUUCGGGGCAGCCUUCGUGAAGCUCUCGAAGCUGGUGGACUCCGAUUCGUCCAAGAUCGUCGGCCCCAUAUUGGCCAACAUUGUAGAGGUGCCGCAGUCCAUAAUCAACUACCGGGCUUGGGUGCACUACAACUUCCAGCAUCUUUUGGCACCGGGAUUGCCUCGUACCGAUUCCCUUGGACAACCGUCGCUCGCGGGCUCAACAUCCCCCUCCGCCUCCGAGGAUGAGCGCUCGGGCGGGCAGGCUACUGUUGGAUUCGGCCGAUGUGAUGAUCCUCCCCAGAACAUAGACAUAGAUGCCGACCUUGCAAACCUUAAUUUGAAUUAAGAAUGCAUAGUUUUAUGCUCGGCAUAUGAAAACAAAAAAAAUUUAUAGACUACUUUUGCAUUUUCUACUUAUUGUCUAACAAUUGUUUUUCGAUACAUAACGACAACUGCUUAUGUAAUUAGCUAAAUAACAACUCACAAAAUGCCGAAUAGUACAAUAGACGUAUUCUAAUUACUAAUAUAUGGACAAUAAGACACUUAUUAAUUAAUCAUGUAAUUUAUAUCUGUGCUUCAUAAUUAUACGUGCAAACAGGAUUGUAAUAUAAUAUAAA